GCUCGGAGCUGGAAGUCCCGCAGCCGCAGCCAUGAGGUGCCUCCUGCUCGCUCUCAGCGUGGCCCUGGUGUGCGGCACCCAGGACAUGGGCGUCCCCCAGACCGGGGAGGGCCUGGACGUCCAGAAGGUGGCCGGGACCUGGUUCUCCGUGGCCACGGCGGCCAGCGACCUCGCCCGGCCGAGCACCCAGAACGCCGCCCUGAGGAUGUACGCCAAGGAGCUGCGGCCCACCCCCCAGGGCGACCUGGAGAUCAUGGUGCACAGACGGGAGGGCGGCCGGUGUGUUGAGGAGAAGAUCUUGGCCGAGAGAACCGAGCGAGCAGGGACGUUCAACAUCGACUACCUGGAGGAGAACAGGCUCGUGGUGCUGGACACCGACUACAAGAACUACCUGUUUGUCUGCGCGGAGAACACGGCCGCCCCCGCCCAGAGCCGGGCCUGCCAGUACCUGGCCAGGACCCCGGAGGUGGACCAGGUGGCCAUGGAGCAGUUCGGCCGGGCCCUGAGGCUGCUGUCCAUGCACAUCCCUAUCAUCCGCAUCCCGACCCAGGCGCAAGCCCGGGCGCAGUCAGCCCCAGGCCCCUCGCUGGUCGGGCAGGGCUGCCUGACCCCGGCUGCCCCCUCCACGCCCCGCUCCAUCCUGACGCCAGCCCCUCCUACGGGUGCGCCCCCAGCCCCAGCUGCAGGGACACAGGUCCCCACCUGA